AUGCCCUCCGACAAGACCAUCGGAGGCGGCGACGAUGCGUUCAACACCUUCUUCUCCGAGACUGGCUCGGGCAAGCACGUGCCGCGCACCGUCUUCAUCGACCUCGAGCCGACCGUUCGCACGGGCACGUACCGCCAGCUCUAUCACCCGGAGCAGCUCAUCUCGGGCAAGGAGGACGCGGCCAACAACUACGCCCGUGGCCACUACACCGUCGGCAAGGAGAUCGUCGACCUGGUCCUCGAUCGCAUCCGCAAGCUGGCCGACAACUGCACCGGCCUGCAGGGCUUCUUCGCCUUCAACGCCAUCGGCGGCGGCACCGGCUCCGGCCUGGGCGCCCUCCUGCUCGAGCGCCUCUCGGUCGACUACGGCCGCAAGUCCAAGGUCUCCUUCACCAUCUACCCGGCGCCCCAGGUCUCGACCGCCGUCGUCGAGCCGUACAACUGCGUCCUCUCGACGCACACGCUGCUCGAGCACACGGACGUCACCUUCAUGGUGGACAACGAGGCGCUGUACGACAUCUGCCGCCGCAACCUCGACAUCGAGCGCCCGACGUACACCAACCUCAACCGCCUCACCGCCCAGAUCAUCUCGUCGAUGACCGCCUCGCUCCGCUUCGACGGCGCGCUCAACGUCGACCUUACCGAGUUCCAGACGAACCUGGUGCCGUACCCGCGCAUCCACCUGGCGAUCGCCUCCUUUGCGCCCAUCAUCUCGGCCGAGAAGGCGUACCACGAGCAGCUCUCCGUCUCCGAGAUCACCAACGCCGUCUUCGAGCCCGCCUCGAUGCUCGUCAAGGUGGACCCGCGCCACGGCAAGUACAUGGCGUGCUGCCUCAUGUACCGUGGCGACGUGGUGCCCAAGGACGUCAACUCGGCGGUCGCCACCAUCAAGACGAAGCGCACCAUCCAGUUCGUCGACUGGUGCCCCACCGGCUUCAAGUGCGGCAGUGAGUUGCCGCCCCCCCGCCUCCAACCCAGCGCGCGCAUCCCCCUGGCCGCCGAGCCUCAACUACCAGCCGCCCACGGUCGUGCCGGGCGAUAA